AUGGAGCUACCUUUUCGAGCUGCUGUGCUCUUCCUUCUACUUCAGGUCAUGGUUGCUGUUCAUUCACAAGAGGAGGAUGUGCAGGCGGAGGGGUUGCAGGAGGAGGAUCAGAUGUUGUUGGAGUCAUGGACCAGUGACAUGAGAGCGUGUACCUGUGAUUGUGAAUCAACCCAGCCCACACCAAGCCUUGUCCCACCCACACCAAGCCCUGUCUCAUCCAUCACAGCCUCCCAGAACUCCCUCUUCAGCUGUAUGCCAGAGUGCCCGUACCACCGACCUCUGGGUUUUGAAUCUGGGUUUGUGAUCUCAGACCAGAUCAGCUGUUCCAGCCAGGACCAGUACUUGGGCUGGUACACCUCAUGGCUCCCAAACAAGGCCCGCCUCAACAGCCAGGGCUUUGGAUGUGCGUGGCUUUCUAAGUUCAAUGAUCAGUUCCAGUGGAUUCAGAUUGACCUGAAGGAGGUGUCAGUCGUGUCUGGGAUCCUCACUCAGGGCCGCUGUGAUGCAGACGAAUGGAUCACCAAAUACAGCCUCCAGUACCGUACCGUGGACAACCUCAACUGGGUCUACUACAAAGACCAGACUGGCAACAACAGGGUGUUUUAUGGGAACUCAGACAGGACGUCCACAGUUCAGAACCUUCUGAGACCUCCUAUUGUCGCCCGGUACGUCCGGCUCCUGCCCCUGGGCUGGCACACCCGUAUCGCCUUGAGGAUGGAGCUGCUUAUGUGUUUGAACAAGUGCAUGCUCUGA